AUGCAGGGUCAUCUGGUAAACUUUUCUAGACCUGUUGGUGGAGUGGAGAGCAUAGCCGCACACCUCCUCCUGCAAACACCCUUUUUCUUGCUCACCUCCUUCCCUCCCUCCACUGCUCCUUUCCCGCCCUCCUCUUCAACAACCAGCACGGACGACUUGAAGCUAAUCUGCUGGAACGACCUGGACCUGAUGCUCGUGACGAACGUGCCGCGCCACUCCCUGUCACCACUCUCUGCCUCCGGAUUUCCCCUCACGGCGGACCUAGAGCUGAUCUGCUGGAACGACUUGGAUUUGACGCUCGUGACGAACGUGGCGCACCACCCCGAGCUGAGUCAACUCAAGUCAACGGCGGUCAUAGAGGGGCAGGAGGUGGAGGGAUUCUUCGCAUUCAACUUCACGUUCGAGCAGAUCCAGAUUCUCAGAGUGGAGCAGCGAUACCAGUGGCGGGAUAAGACCCUUCACGGCCGGUUAUCCAUCCCCACGCUCUCUGCUGUGCUCGCCCUCGUGCUCUCCUCCAAUCAAAACUCCGAGCUGCUCGCUGCUAGAGGCAACCGACCCGUGGGGCUGAUGCUGGAACCCAGAUAUCCCGAAUUCCACAAGUCCAUCGGGUGCCCACUACUAGAGUCACUCCUCACUCUUCUCAGCAUGAACAACCUGCAGCCACCGCCCCGCCCUUCCAACCCCUUCAACACCCUCACUUCCUCCUCCUCCCCCACUGCCUCUCUUAGUGACCGCCUUGCUAGCAUCAGCACCACCACCAUUUCUACUGACCAUGCUGCUACAACCGGUGCUGCAGCACCCGGCGCUGCUAAAGCCAGAGGGCGGAUUGUGCUGGACCCGGCAGUGCACCCGGUGGUGAUAGAGGCGAGGAGCGGCUCUGCUCUGGUCUACUGCAGCCAACGCACCUCCAUUCCCCUCGUGCAGAUCCUGGAGGCGGGGUGGGACGAGCCAUCCGACACCAACCCCAUCCUGCAGGCCCCUCCUCCCUCCUGUCCCCCCACCACCCCUCUCCGAGCCUGCAUCCUGGACGCCAUAUCACUCUACGCCGUGGCCGUCGCACCAGAGAAGCACCUGGUGCUGCCGGUGGAGUCGUGGCACAAGAAGCUGCUCAACCAGACGGAUCUCGUCUCCCUCGCGCACCACCCAGCCCGCCAGCUCGCCGUGUUACCCUGGCCUUUUUCCAACGACUGGAUUUUCUUAUCGCUGAGCUAUGAAUUGGACCCUCUGAACGACCACGCCAUGUUUGUUGAGGCAGUGAGGCUGGAUGGCCACCUCUAUACCCCUUACAUCCGCCACCCCUCGUCCCUCUAUACCCCUUACAUCCGCCACCCCUCGUCCCUCUAUACCCCUUACAUCCGCCACCCCUCGUCCCUCUAUACCCCUUACAUCCGCCACCCCUCGUCCCUCUAUACCCCUUACAUCCGCCACCCCUCGUCCCUCCAUCCAUCCACUGAUCCCAUCUCUCUUUUCCACCCCUAUUCUCAGGACCCGCUGAACGAGUAUGCCAUGUUUGUGGAGGCGGUGGGAGUGGAUGGACUGUCCCAUUCCUCCCUUCAGCCCACUUCUCCCCCCCAUGUCAUCCCUUCUCUCCUCUCCUCUCCUCUCCUCUCCCCUCAGGACCCACUGAACGAGUAUGCCAUGUUUGUGGAGGCGGUGGGAGUGGAUGGGCUCUUCUCUGACUUCCCCGCCACCGCCCUUAAGUACAUUCGUAACAACACGCUCACUCCCACGACUUUUGAGGCGCCUCAAAAUUCAUUCAUCUGUGGCCGCCCGCCCUCGUGUGUCAACCGUCCAAGGCGCAUCACAUUGCCCUCUUACUCCUGUCAACCUCACCCCUUCUCCCUCCAGCAAGACACUCACUCCCACUCACCCGUCUCCCGUCCCGUGUUUGCGUUUGCCACCCUACCUACUGCAUCCCUCACUCACACAAUCACGCCCUUUCCCGCCCACCCAGGGUCUCGGGACUGCCUGGCAGCAGAGCAGCAUCAAGAGUGCUGGGUGGGGUCUCGGGACUGCCUGGCAGCAGCAUCGGGAGUGCUGGGUGCGUUGGUGGCGGCACCAAGAAAACGAGGCCUAGCAGAUCUCCUGAUCUUAGCUGUCAUCAUCACCAUUGCUGUCCUCCCCAUGGCGGUGUGGACGCUCUAUGCCAUGCACAAGUGGAGGCAGACGGAGCAGCAUCUGCACUGGCAGGAGUUUGCCACCAUCCACUCCCACGGCCCCACCACCGCCUCGGAACGACAACCCCUCACUGCCCUCGCGGCUGACUCUGACCUUAGCCCUUCCUCCGCUGCCGCUGCCGUUGCUGCCGUUGCCGCUGGUGGUGGUGGUGGUGCUGCUUUUGUUGCUGGUGGUGGUGCAGAUGAUUUGAGUCCUUCGGGUCUGUUCUCUCCCCGCAUCGGCGCGUUGCAGCACCACCGCCCGUCCUCUCCCCCGCCGCUGCCACCCGGGCUGGGGGGCGUGGAGGAUGGUUCAGCGUUGUCGUCAGCAAUGGCUGGUGGGGGAAGGUCAAGAGGGGGCAGGAGAAUCAGAGCCAUGGACUUUGGGGAAGAGGACUGGUAG